GGUCCGAGGGGGGGGGAGGGCGGCGAGCCAGUGAUUCAGUGUUUCGAGCGAUGCCAGCGGUGCUUCUUCUUGUGUUGCUAGCUUCAGGCUGCACCCAGGCCUGGAAGUACAGCGAGUUCGGGAAGCCCGAAGGAUGGGCAGGCAAGUGUAUAGAUGGACAAAGCCAGUCGCCAAUAGACCUGGUGACAGAGACAGCACACCGCUUUGUGGUCGAACCUCUUGAGUUCUUCAACUACAAGAGUCUGAAUGGGACCAUCACAAACAACGGGCACUCAGUCGCAAUCCAUUUUGACGAAGAUCACUGUGACUCAGGGGUUACUGCGGGAUUGCUCAAAGGAAUGUACAUUCUUCAUGAACUUCACUUUCAUUGGUCCUCGGAGCACACUGUCAAUGGGAAAAGAUUCCCGUUGGAACUACACAUGGUCCACUACAACCAGAGGUAUGGAGACUUGAAGCAUGCGGCGCAGCAGCAUGACGGCUUGGCUGUUGUGGGAAUUCUGUUCGAGGAGUCGGAAAAUGGAACAGAAGUGUUGGAACCACUACUGAGGGUUGUGAGAGCAGUGUCGGGGAAAGUUCAGGCAAAGGAACGACUGCCUCCUAAUUUCAACCCAAUAGAAUUCUUACCAGCUGACAGAAGUACCUUUUUCCGCUAUCAGGGAUCUUUAACCACACCACCAUGCUCUGAGACCGUCAAGUGGACAGUAAUGCAGUCUAAAGUACCAAUUUCUUCAGACCAGAUCAAGACUUUCAGACAAGUGAGCAGUGAAUCCGGUAAACUGGAACAUAAUUACCGCAGAUUACAAGAAAUCAACAAAAGAGAUGUCUACCUUCUGUCUGACAAUGGAGCGUGUGCCACCAGUGCUGCUUUAAGUGUCACUCUUUUUAGUGUCUUUGUUGUUCUUUUACAAUAUAGAUAAAAAGGAACGCACAUAAUUGUGGUAAAACAGUCACGAUCAAAGAGACAUAGAACGGAUAGAUCUGAAUUUUGUGUUUCAGUGUCAUGCUCUUUCCUCUUCUGAGUAAUAUAGGCUGUGUGAUGAACCUAUUAGUGUUGGCAAUGAAAUGAACACAUUUAGUUAAAGAUGAACAGUCAAACAUAUCAAUAAAAUGUAUAUCAUAUAACCCUAUUUAUUUCAGGACUAGCUAAUGCUAUAUUUUAGUAUUAUUGUUUGGACAAACAACAAAAAUUUACAUAUCUUUAAAUAAUAACUAUAUAACUGCCAAAGCUGUUAAAAUCCUACUUAAGUUUGGUUGUAAAUGAAAUCAAUAUAAAACUGUGUCAAAUUAUAGAUAUUUUACACCAGAUACACAAGUAAUUUAAUAGUUUUUAGGGGAUAAACUUUAGUUGAAUAGUGGUGCCAUUCCAAAGAUAUAUAGAUAGCGAUCUCAAGUUUUCUGUUUCAUUUGGGAAAAUUUCAUCUAUGAGUUGAUGUCCAUUAUUUUAAUAUUUUUCAUUAAAGAAUUGUUAUUUUGGUUAUAACUUAGUGUAUCCAAGUUAUUAUAACAUUGAAAAAUAGUUCAUUGUGAUAGCAUUUGUUACAUAUACAUCAAAAUGCUCUUGGAACUUGCCAAUUAGAUUGGAUUUUUUACACUGAUAUCUUUUGUACUGAAACAAAAUUAGAUUUUUAAUUAUUGACUGAAGCAGUUCACAAGUCUGUUCUAUCAAUUUUGCAUGGUUUUCUUCAAAGUGAGUAGAGGGUAUAGCCUACUUGUAUAUUUAUUGAACUUUCACUCAAGUAGUAGAAUUCACUCUCACAGCUAUUUUUCAAUUCCCAAAUGGAUUAUUUCUAGUCAUAAACUGUGAAAUUUUCAGUUGAUUCUAGUCAUGUGAUGUAGGAAUUUUCUUUAUAAGAACAAUCUGUGUGUACUAACCAUGUAAAGAAUUUUAAUGUAUAUUAAUAUUUAAAGAAUAAAGUUUUCUAAAAAUGAA